UCGUUAUACAUGAUUACUUUGUUGUACUUUAGAUACUGAACAUGGAUUUCGGAUUGUCGAUUACAGUAGUUACACGUUCUUCGCAACACUCGCUCCCGAUUUGGAUAAGCCUCCGCGAAAAAUAUAUCUGCUUAUAUAAGCGCAAUCACACAAAGACUGACCGCAUUCUGACUUCCACAACCCAUACCGGUCCAUACUGUACUUCUGAACACACUCACUCAAGCUUCUCCCCAUCAAUGCAGGCGAUAGAACGAAGCCUGAAGAACCUCAUUGCAUCAUUACCACCACAACCAAUACCAAAGGAAGUUAUUGAUGCUUUGGUUUCCGAAGCUCUGAGCGAAGUGGAGGGGCGGAAGACCACUCCGGAGAACAGACGAAUACAAUGGGAGUAUGCUCUCAGAAAUGAGGUCUUCAUACUUGCCUAGGAAAAGGAGGGAGCAGCAUUAAAAGACCCUCAUACUGCUUACUAUGACGAACUCCGAGACAUCCUCGAUAUCGUCCUUUCAUUCACGGAACACGAUGCCUGUGAACACAUAUUCCCCUUCAACAUGCUCUAUGACUUACUGGAGACGCAAACCAUUGCCUCUUGUUCACAUAUAUUCUCCUGGAUUGAAGAACGUGCUGACCGUCUCACUGAGGGUAUGGUUCCCCAGAAAGGGAAGGCCCUCGUUCUGCUACGUACCCUCAAUGAUCUUCUGCGGAGACUAUCCAAGAUGGGCUCGACUACGAAGUUUUGCGGUAGGAUCCUGACGUUCCUGAGCAGGGUAUUCCCUUUGGGUGAACGGAGUGGCGUAAACCUACGGGGAGAGUAUGGGCCUGCUUGGGAAGGGCCUGGAGUGGAGAGAUGGGAGAAAUCUGAAAUCUCGAAAGCUGAGCAAGCGAAGGAGGAGGAUUCAGAUAAGAUGCAGGUUGAUGAGCCUAAAGUUGAGAUCGACUCAGCUACAGCAUCGAAGGAGGAACCUAAGGACGACUUCUAUCGUGUGUUUUGGUCAUUGCAGUCUCCGUUCUCUCGACCGCCUAUGUUCGCCGAACCUCACAUACUUCCCAAAUUCAAAGAGGCCGUCAAUAGAGUACUCCCAGUAAUUAAAGAGGCAACAGCCAAAGAACGUGCACUGAUGGGUAGCAAGACUGUUUCCGGUGCAUCCCUAAAGCGCAAGCGUGAAUCAGAAGCCAUUGGCGAUCCUAAUACCCAAGAUUAUUUCUUUGCGAAGUAUCUCACAAGUCCGGAGCUGCUUGAUCUGGAGGUCGCGGAUACUCAUUUUCGACGACAGUUCCUCUUACAACUCCUCAUAUUGCUCCAACACCUCCUUACUUUUACCAAGUCUGCUAAGGCUGAAUGGUUGUCACAGCGAAAUCGUUCAUUACAGAUUGAUUUUACAUUGGAGCCGGACGACGCUCAGUGGGUAGAAGACACAAUCAAGCGAGCAAGCGAAGAGCUGCGUCAAACAACACCAAAUGGCAGGCUGUUUGCAGAGACAAUACAGGUUAUACUGGAGCGAGAGAAGAAUUGGAUCAAGUGGAAGAAUGAGCUUUGUUACCCCUUCGAGCGUGAAGCGUGGUCAUCUGAAGUUGAGGUGGAAGACGAACAGGGGAGGAAGGUCAAGAGGAAGAUCGGCUUGGAAGAGGCGACUGCAGAUACUCGGAAGAAGAUUCGAGAGGAACCGCCUGCAUGGGAACAUCGGUAUGGGUCUGCACCACUUACCGAAAUAUGGGAUAUGGGCUAUAGGGAUCUGUAUGAUUUGCAACAUCCAUUCCAGGCUGGUGAUAUCAAGGACUUUGUGAAAAAGGUGAAGCAGGAAGAGGCUAAGAUCGAGAUGAGGAAGAAGCAGCUCGCCAGGGCUGCUGAACGAAUAGCGCAAGCUCGAGCAAAAGCCGCCGCCUCCGCCGUUCAAAACCAGGAGACGGCUGAGAAUCCUCCACGUACAGUAACGCCACCUCCUUCUGCAUCCAGAACAUUGCCUACGCCAUCAACUCCUUUGCAACAUCCUCUGCCUGCUAAACCUGGCACGGCUGCGAGUAAACCACCUCCGCAAGACAAUGCCGUUGCUACGCCUACACCUACACCUGCUCCAGCGCCCGCUGCCCCCGAACCUGUACAUGAGCCCUCAUACGAAAAUGAUGAACUUAUUCUGCAGUACGAAGAGGUAUGUGACGGCAGCAACCUAUUGAUACUUACAUUCUUGCUGAUUCCGCUUGCGAUGUAGAAUAAAAUGCGCUGGGCGUGGCUGGCAUUGCGAACCACGCGGGAUCUCUACCUUCUGCAUUUCGCCAAGAUUGGUACUGGUGACAUCAUGCUUCUCUCGCAGGAAAUAGACAAGGAGGUGAAGGAGACAAAAGAGCGCGAAGAGAAAGCGUCCCGUGGCGAAUCGACUGCGUCGGCCAAUCAGGACGACCGAGGGACGAGUCCGGGCAUGGUCGUAACUGCGAGCCUCAACAGUGUCUCGGCGGAGGCUGGCAAAACAAGUGAGGAUGGCCAGGCAGCAGUCGCUUCAGAGCAGGCCAAUGGGCGAGACAGCGAAGGUGACGUGAAGAUGGAGGCGUAGGACCUGGUUAUUGCCUCGCCUGCAUCCUUCGGUCUCAUUAUUGGUGUACAGUUUGCUGCACUAAGUUUCGUGGUGGUUCUCUGUAUUCUAGCUUACCAAUGUCAUUGUUAUACGGGCGGUCUAUACCCUCGUGAAUAUGAAUACUCGGGGUUGAGGCCCGUCGUUAGGUUCUGGGAGUGAAAGCGAUGGGUAUACGUGGGGCUCGCAGCAUCCUCGGCUGUUCGAGUGUAAGUUUACGGGGGCAAGAAACGGUCCGACGAUGA